GUUCUUUGUGGAGUGCUUUCAAAGAGAACAGAUUUUGUUUCGAAGAAACAUAUUUAAUAACCGUAGAAUUAUUAUAGCGCCACAAGAAAUUAGAAAUAUUGAUAUACGUUUGCAGAGCUCCAUUACCUUAGAUGAUAGCUAUGUUAAAAAGUUCAUGAAUGCUGUUGGUUGGAUGGAUCAGUCACGUACAAAAUUAAAGUUGACAGGAUAUUUCCUCUAUGAAUCAGUACCAGACAAAGUAGCUUACAAGGAUUGGUUUGAGAAAUUGGAGCUGCCUGAUACGUUUGUAUCAUGGUUCACAGUCACAGAGUUGCAUGUAUGGAUGCUUAUGGUUCGUUAUAUGGCUGAAGAUAUUGCCACAGCAAUAACAGACAAAAACAAAUACAUUAAAGCAGAUGGUCAUUUUGUCAGGAAUUGUAUUAUAGAAGCACUAUGGGCGGAUGUCGCAAAUAAAAUAAAACUACUAGAGGGUGCAAAUCCAGUAAUAGCUAGAAAACAAGUAUCAGAACUAUCAGAACAAUUCCAAGCUGCUCUUAUAGCUUAUGAUGAAGGACUAAGUGAUGAUAAAAUACUGGCUGCAGCAAUAUGGAGGCGAUUUUACUCAUUAUCUGAAGAUGUUAAUGCUGAAAAUAUUGAAAGGAUAGUUCAUUACGUAAGACAUCAACUGUCACUCUUGGAUAAAGUACCUAGUGAAGAUUUAAAAUUUAAACCAAAUAUUGUUUGGUUAAGCAUACUCGAUCACUAGUUGUAAGUUCCCAGAUUUUAUUAAAUGAUUGUUAUUUAUUAAUGCAGAAAUAAAUCGUCAUUUGUUAGUAUACAUAAAAGUUUCAGUGACUUAUCUUGAAAAAAAUUGAUUUCUUAGUUCUUCACAUCUUUGUCUUUCCCAUAGAACUGUAACUACUGUUUUACAUAAAUUGUUAAUUUUACAAUCAUCAUUGCACCAAGAGCGACGGUAAUCGCUUAUUUUAGAGUAAAAUGCUGAAUAUAAUUCAAGUAAUCUAGGCUGGUCGGUCACCAUGGAGUGCACUAAACCGUCCAUUGAUGUAGCAGAUAGAUCACUUAACUCAAAAGUGUUCUUCAUAUCAUAGAGAAGGAACCAUUGGGGUCUUCUAUUUGGUGUCAGAUUGGCUUCAGUAAGAUUAUAUACGUAAUUCAUAAUGUUGUUGGGUGCCUGUAAAUAGAGAUAUAUAUAAUUUAGAAUUAAAUUCAGAAUAUUUUAUCAAAUCACUGUAUUCCUUUCAAAUGAGGGCACUUGUCCCUGGCGUCAGUGUUAGGGGGCGCAUAAAUCAACUUUGUAUAAUACCUUCUUACAGUUAAAAAAAGAAUGAGCUUCAGAGCUAAAUAAGGGCAACAUACGAAGCUUCUGCCCUGGUUAAAAAAAUGUACAUCUUAAUUGAAUAAAGUAUUUUUCAUUUUC